AUGAAGUCGGCCCCACCGCUUUCUUGUCGACAGGGCGGUGGCGCCGGGGAAAUUCGCGGUGUGUUGGUGUCUCCGCGGCCUGUCAGCGCCUUCACACGCAGCAUAUUGGAAUCUACAAACAGCGGACUCUCCAAGACAAAUCGUGGAAGUGUGUACAUUGUUAGUUCCCCAAGACCGGUUGAUUUCAACUUGCCGGAGUCACAAGAGGCGAUGUCUGUCUUGCAGAAGCUUCUUUUGCCGAUUGUAAUGAAAAGAGUUUUACGGACAAGAAAGAAGAAGCGUUUGCCUGGUGGACGUGUGUUGCGAGAGUAUACGGCGGAUUCGGUUGUUCAUGCACUCCGCUUCUCCAAUUCGAUUAUGUCCAAUUGGCCGGAGGAGGUUCUGAGGUUGAUAGGCGAGGAGGUAUCGUACUUCUAUCUUGAACCGGGAGAGAUCAUUGUGCACAUGAAAGAGUGGUAUAUAUCUACUGGGAUAGUGAUUCUGCUUCUCGGUGAGUUGAGUGAGAGGACAAAGGAUUUUGGGUCGCAAGCUUCACUGAAUGAUCAACAGUGCGAGCGCCGGCACACAGCUCAGGCGGUGCUGUGUGAUCGAGUAGUUCUUUGCAGAGAUGCCUCAAUGUCAUGUGCUAGAGCACACGGAGAUGCAGAUGUGGCGGUAGCUCCCGCUCGCUGGGUGUGGGAUGUGCUAAACAGUUACGUAUUGCGGCCUUCCGCAGGAAUUGUGUUGGAUACCCUGAAGAUGAUAAUAACACCCAUGUGUGAGAAGAUAGUGAGAGAAACGUAUUAUCCCAUGCCACUUUUGCUGCGACGUAGCUGGUUGUGGCCAUUGUUAAGCUCAAGCGAAAGGAUACGACUCGCCAGGACAUUGGAGGUAAAGGCUUUAUGUAUCGGUGAUACGCUGUUUGCUGAGGGGGAUCGUAGUCCAUAUAUUUAUUUCAUUCGGCGCGGUACUGUAAGAACACUAGUCAAAAAGGAAGUGAUUCUCGAAUUUGAGGCUGGAGCUGCUUUUGGUGAAAUAAGUGUUUUAUUUGAUGAGCCUCGCUGCUGUCAUGCUGUGGCUACCACCAUGUGUGAGGUAUACUGUCUGCACCGACGAAGUUUUUUGAGGCGUCUCCGAAAGAAUCAAGAACUCUGCAAAGGCGUGAUUGAGAAGGCAUUGGAGCGACGUCGACGAUGGCUUGAGGAUGGGAAAUUAAGAGAUAUUAUGGGGCUUGCCACGCUACUAGGUGGUGUACCGUGUCUUAGUCAGGUGACAGACAAGGUGCGUAUUUCUCUGGCAUUGUCAGCCAAAAUUCACGUCAUUCCGCCAGGGAAGAAAUUGUUUGCCAAGGGUAUGCUUUGUGAUCGUCUUUUUGUAAUUGGCCGUGGUACUUUGUUACUAGGUAACGAACAGGAUACGCAAAGCACUCGGUCAACGACAGAGUUUGUGGGUGAACUAUGUCUUCGGCCACACCUUUGGCCGAUGGAUGUGGUCACGUGCACCUCCGUGGAUGGCUGGUCCAUCCCAGCUGAUGUAAUAAUGGAGACGCUUGCCAGCAUUCACGCCGGUGUACAGGCUGUUGACAUCUGUCGUCAAGGAAUUGAUCUUUUCCGGGCACAGCAUGGGCCCAAUAGCAUCGUUGAAGAAAACGUAACCCCGGUACUCCCCACACCGCCAAACCACAUCAGUAAUGGUACAACUCCACGCACAAAGAGGAUGACUGUCGCAUUUCGUUCUGAGGAGCAGAAACUACCGCCACCACCACCACCACCGCCACCUGUAAAUAAUGAAUCUAUCCUUGAGAAAAGUGAAGGAAUCGUGGCUGACUUUGACUGGAAAGCGUACCUGUUCGAAGACAAAGCCGUUUCACCUGAAACUAACGACUCAGAAGGCAAGCCUAGUGAAAGGCGGCGUCUCGAGCAGAAGAUUGAGAGUGAGCUCAGCCGGCGGUCCGGAGAACUUUUAUCAGUCCCUCAAGAUCAAGCUGCUAGCGCUCUUGACUCGGACUUUCCCGGAUAUGCGGAUGAGAUUCAACAAAUGUUGGUGGAGCAGGUUCUUCUUCUUCCACCUGAACGCCAGCCUGCGUUCCUACGACAGGUCAACUGCAGCAAGGUUACACUGAUUCGGGAUGAUGCUCCUGACCAGAUGGAGGAGUUGUCGUCGGAGACAACGGUUGCAAACGACCUCACACUGCCGCAGUAUGUUGUGCCACACCCUGUGGUAUAUACACUUGACGGCAUUACUGCUUUCCGUGACGGUAACCCGUUACCCGAACAUGAGGAUACCCCACUUAUUAGCCCUCGGACAGGUUUGGAUUUUGCGGCAACAACCACACAUCGACGCAGCCGUACACCAGAAGUCGGGUUGCUGCCUCAUUGGCAAUCAGCCACGUACCGUUCAGUGGAGGAUAUGGUAACCUUGACAUCUAGGUCCCGUCCUCAAAGCGGCGCUUCGCCGCGGUCUCGGCAGCUACGACCAUCCUCUGGGUUCAAUUUUAGACGCACUCCACCUCGUGUUUCCUCAGCAGGGGGUAAUCAACGGUUGAGUAGAAGCGUUAGUUUCUGCAGUCGAACGAGCGCUGUAGCUACUCUCACUGGAUCCCAUGCUUCUGAGUGCCAAAGCAUGGGUGCGCAAAGCACUGCCAAUAGCUGGGCCAAACCAAACAGCAUUGAUAUUUCACAACAAGCAAAAAUCAACGCUGCUAUGUUUCAAUCAGCACUAGAUCGAUACGUCAAAUUAGAUGAUCAGAGCUACUUUCAGGAGAUGGUGCGCGUCUGUCUGCCACGUCAGACUGAAGAACACUGGCCUGAAGAGGAAUCUAACACUUCUUUGCAGGGCAAGGAUGGUUUGGUUUUGCUGCUUAUGCAUGUUCGGCGCUGUGAUAACCUGAAUAUUAAUAGUGGUAUCAAAUCACCUAUAGUUAAGGUGUCCACAGAUGCACGGGCGCUUAUUCGCACACCGGUUAUGGAGGAUCGUGUAAGACCUGUAUGGCCUAUUGAAAUGGCCUCUUUCAUCAGUUUUGUUCGACGUGAUGCAGAGGUACAUUUUACCGUAUGUGAUGGAAAAGAUGAAAGACAUAUUGCAUACACUGCUACUAUGCCCACAUCUGAUUUUAGGGAGAAUGGUGGUGUGGGCUUGAGAUCUUUGCGCCUGCUUCCAGAAGAUCCGGAUGGGGUGGAGCAAGUCAAUGAGAAUAGGGCACGCAUUGAAGUUUGUAUGCUGGCUGUCACUGCCUCAAAAUACAGCAGUUUGCAGAAGAAACUUGCCGACGAGGACAAUGAUGAUAAGUCAUCGGACGAUGUCAGUACCGUAUAUCUGCAAGUUAUAGGAGUACAAGGUCUAAAGCAUCGCAUCGAAGCCGUAAUUACUGUUUCUGUGGAGACGGACAGAAAAUCCAAGGAGAUUCUGCGAACCCCAAAGGUGACACCAAAGACACGAUCUCCUUCAUGGCCCGGACAGAGCAGCUUUUGUACUAUAAAGAGCGAUGGGAUUGUUAGUUUCGACUUGUACCACCGCGACGUGUUUCUUGCAUCAUACGAUACACCAGUGGACACACUUGCCUUUAGUGGUACCGGUAUUCAUGUUUUCCCACUGAACCGAGCACAGGGAGAGCCUGGAGAAGUGUACGGCAAAGUGCUGGUGUCUAUUCUUGGAUUAAAGACACCCUCUAGCAUGGAAGAUCUUUCGGAGCGUCCGGCAAAAGUGCUUGUUUUGCAUGUAGAGAGUUUCAGUAUGAUGCCUGGUUUAGAAGAGGAGUUUAUGCCGGAUCCGUUCGUAAUUGUGCGCGGGCCGAAGGGGGAGGUGAUAUUGCGUACUUCAUUAAAUCUUGGUACCUACGACGCCAAAUGGACUGAAGAGGGGGCAUCGUGUUUCAUCAUGUGCCCCUCACUUGCGGGCUGCACAGCCACCUAUCGUUUAGAGGUGUACGAUAAUAAUGAAUCUAACAAGAUCGGCACUGCAGAAAUGGUAGUGACUAUGAAUGGAACAAGACGCAAUCGCAUGCAGUUUUCAAUCAAGGGAAAAGGAACUCUUACGGUCUUGACUCACUCAUUCCCAAUACAAGAGUUACCGCGUGCACCACAGUCUUUGCAUCGAGGUAUGGAGUCUUUGUCAUGUACAACCAGUGAGAAUGGGCACUUGGUGCUGAUUCAUGUCAGUGGGUGUGACGAUCUCCAGGGUACGGGCUUUGAUGACUUCCAAAUCGAUCCUCUUGUGACGGCACGAGUAGGGCGGAGACGCAUGGUGGUCGCUCCGCUUGUCUCGGGAAGCACAGCGCCGCGUUGGUCAUACCCAAAGGCCACCUUUGUUUUACCUGUCUCACCGGAUAUUCUGAGUCAUGUGACUUUGGAGGUAUGGGAUACAAAUAUUGAGCUCUGCGACGUGCUUGGUGUCGCCCGUAUUUCCAUUGCGGAUAUUUGUCAAACCGGCACGCACCACUUCAGCCUUCAACCGCACAAGGACCAGGAGUUUGGUCGUAGGCAGAAUUUAGGCACAAUAACAGUGAAGUCCCGCUUCGGUAGGGUAAACGGUGAAGUCAUUGCAGAAGGCUCAUCUGAUUUCUUAGCGGGGACCACUCACAGUCCCGGCCUCUUUGACUCACGUCUCUUCCAUGCACCAGACAAUACACCGGACCUCCCUGUCACUCGGGUUCGUGUGCAUGUUUCUAACUGCUGCGCUAUUUGGACGGAUGCAGCAGCGAAGUCGGUCAAGGUAACUAUGUCGUGUCUCCAGCAUGUUCUGCUUGAAGUAAAGAAAACAUGCGCCAAGUCCUGCAGUGCCGCGUGGUCGCUGGAGGAGGCACAAACUAUUGUGGACCUCCGCGCCAUCUACGGCAGGUCUUUACGGAUAACCGUCGGAUGCAGCUCCAAGCCUACGGACAACUCCUUUACAGAAGUCGGUUCGGCGCUUGUGCCCUUUUCGACACUUGUCUCCUCCUCACCAGAGGUCGUUGCAGUUCGCAGCUUUUUACUCUUGAAUACCACGGGUGAACGUCGCGAGAGCCUGCCAGAGGGGGUGGAAAGAAGUAGAAACGCCAGUGUCAGUGUGGAGGCGCCAAGCGUUACUAUCUCACUCCUCGCUGUCGACGCGGCCCACUCUGUGGGGGUAGAAGGAGAGUAA